CAAGCCUCCCUUUUUGCUGCCAUUCCGCUUCCCUUGUCGUCUGUUUGUCUGUUUCCUCCCACCCUCCUUCCACCAAAUCAACCAACGUACAUACAUAGCCACUUCGCAUCGUCCCCGAUCCGGACGGCCAUGGCUAAUCAAGGUGAGGCCGCGGCCUACUAUAGCGGCGCGCCGCAACAGGGCAAUUACUACCAGAUGCAAGAGCCUAGUGGAUACCCCCAACAACAUGCUCCUCCUCCACCUCCACAGUACAACCAGAACUACGCGCCCCCACCACCCCAAGGAGUCCCCCCGCAGCAGAAUGGGUACCAGCAGCAGUCGUACGGCGAGAAACCAGGAUUCGACCAGACCUUCAAGAUCGAAAAGCCCAAAUGGAACGAUUGGUGGGCCGGGCUGCUGCUCAUCGCGGUAUUCCUAGGCUACGCAGCCGUGAGCGGCAUCGCGAUCCAAGGGUAUUCGCACACCAAAGGGUUCAACGGCGGCGGCAUCUACAACAGCCGCAACGACUUCGGACUCGACACAAACACGAUUGUGCUCUUCGCCUUCGUCCUCGUCGUUGCCAUUGUGCUGAGCUACGCCUACAUGUGGUGCGCGCGCGCAUUCACCAAGCAGUUCAUCUGGAUCACUGGGAUCCUCAACAUUGUCUUUGGCUUCGUGACGGCAAUUUACAUGCUCUCGCGGAAAUACUGGUCCGGCGGCAUAGUGUUUCUCCUCUUCGCCGUCUUCUACGUCUUUUGCUUCAUCAGCUGGAUCCCGCGGAUCCCCUUCUCGGUCGUUAUGCUGCAGACUACCAUUGAUGUGUCCAAGAAGUACGGGCACGUGUACAUGGUUUCGCUUCUGGGUGGGAUCCUGGCCACGGCUUUUGGUGCUUGGUUCUCGGUGACGUUGGCGGCUGUCUACGUCAAGUACCAACCGUCGGCCAACAAUCCAGCAUGCAACACGGGCGCUGGGGGUUGUGGUAGUGGGAAAGUGAUUGGGCUGAUUGUCUUCAUCACGUUUGCCAUGUACUGGAUUUCCGAAUGGCUCAAGAACACUAUCCACGUCACGAUAUCUGGAGUGUACGGGUCAUGGUAUUUCAUGGGUCCCAACAGCUUCCCCAAGGGAGCCACGCGCGGAGCGCUCAAACGCGCACUCACCUACAGCUUUGGCAGCAUCAGUCUGGGCAGUUUGAUCGUGGCCAUUAUCCAGUUCAUGCGCCAGAUCUGCUCAGCAGCGCAACAGGGAGCCGCGCAGGAUGGCAACAUGAUUGGAAUGGCCAUCUUCUGCUGCCUGCAGUGCCUGAUUGGGAUCCUCGAAUGGGCUGUCGAGUUUCUGAACCGUUAUGCCUUCUCAUACAUUGCGCUGUACGGAAAGCCAUAUGUGGCUGCGGCGAAGGCUACGUGGAAGAUGAUCAAGGAUCGCGGAAUCGAUGCGCUCGUGAACGAAUGCCUGAUCGGGCCGGUACUCAGCAUGGGAGCGUUCUUUGUGGGAUACGCCAGCGCGCUGCUCGCGUAUCUGUACCUCAUCUUCACGUCGCCUUCGUACAACUCGAACGGAUCGUUUACGCCGGUGGUGGUGGCUUUUGCGUUUGUGAUUGGAACGCAGAUCUGCCAGAUCUUCACGACGCCGUUGAGCAGCGGGUUGGACACGAUAUUUGUGGCCAUGGCGUGGGAUCCCGAGGUGUUGAUGCGCGACCACACGGAUCUCUACCACCAAAUGGUAGCCGUGUACCCACAUGUGCAGCAGGCCAUCCACGCGUAA